AUUUAUUACGCGACUAGUUUUUUGCAAUUUUCACCUAUAAAAUGAUUUUCUACACUACAAACUUUACAUAACUCUAAUAAACGAAUCUUUUACAAAACUAUUGGUUCUAAAUUCGUUUAUAUUAUUGCACUUUUACCAGCGCAAAACACAAAAAACCUGGGAGAAGCGAUAUAUGUUACUCUUUCGCGAAGGUGAAAAUAAUACUUUGUAAUGAUCCGUUAAAUGCGAAAAUUCAAUUUUGAGUAGCCGAUCAUUGGAUCCUCACUCCUCAAUAAUAUUCAACUUCUUUGCACUUCUCUGUCCCAUUCUACCGGGCUAAAAUAGUGAAUGUGCGUCAAAUUUAUGAUAUCGCAGUAUAGAAUGUCGUCAUUGCUUGUUUGGAAAGGUUAAAAUCGUAAUAAAAUAUAUUAGUUACUGUCGGUGUAGCAACGAGUUCCAUUGGUAAUAUGGCUUCUUCAGAAACAAAUAUUGAUUUGGAAACCUUAUACUCGCCCAGUAGAUGGUCAAAGAGAAUGAACCAGGAACAGGUGUUGAAAAAACAUAUUGAGUUUCUAGACACAAAGAGUAGAGAGGUUAAGGAAAAAAUACCGUGUGACCUAGAUAUACCAUAUGGAACCGGCGAUUGCGAGAAAUUCAGUAUUUAUGGAACAAAUCUAAAUGACGGUUCUCCCUUAUUAAUCCAUAUACAUGGAGGGUAUUAUCAAGAAAAAAGUUUAUCUUACUCAAAUAACGGAUUUAUUUCAAACAUUUUUUGCCAAAAUGGCAUCAAAACCGUCCUCUUAGGCUACGAUUUGAGCCCUCAAAAGUCGGUGGAGGAAAUUUUGGAAAGUUUGAAAGUUGGUGUCGCCAAAUGCAUUAAAUAUGCCAGAACGGUAAAAUCUGAGGCAAUUUUCAUUUCCGGACACUCGGUCGGUGCUCAUGCAAUUGCCACAAUCCUGGCCGAUCUGAAAAAGUCUCUCCCCGAAGAAGAUGCGAGACUAAUAAAGGCCAUCUUUUUAAUUUGCGGAAUUUAUAACCUGGUGCCAAUAACAAAAAUGUCCGCUAACGACCUUCUGAACCUUAGCGAACAAAGAGCUCUACAGCUAAGCCCAGCUUUGUUACCCAAAAUCAGCUAUGGGAGCACUGUGGUGUAUGUGAUUGCUGCCGAAAAUGACAGUCCAGCGUUUGUAGAACAGAGCAAGGAGUUUACCGAGAAGUUGAAAAGAGACGGAAACGAGGUGCACCUCCGAUGUUUGGAUCAAGUGGAUCACUUUGACGUAGUUGAAAAUUUAUAUUACGAAGAUUUCGAGUUGACGAAACUUAUGUUGAAUGUUAUUAAUAAUAAAACUGAUAAAUAAAAUUAAAUAGUUA